ACUGAUACGAGUUCCCCUAUCUGUCAGAGCCAGUUCCUCCAUUUAAGAUGGUGACUUGUUUAUGUUGAAGGGACAAAGUGAAUUACUUUUUCAAGCUCUUGGAGUCUAUUUUGAAGCUUGUUUGAGGCAUGUUUUUUUGUCAUGUCUGAUUUUUUUGUAGGCGGAGCGAGCAGUGAGCCUUUUUUUGUUGCUGUUUGCGGUUGAUCAAUACUUUCAGAUAGCUGGGGGGGGUUGACUGACACAUAGAGUGGUGUGAUAAGCAGAGCUGAGGCGUGGAGUUUAGUACAUUUUAGUCGAUGAGUGAUAGGUAGGCAGUCCUCACCCCCAUCAGCUCUCUGUCCUGUGCCAGCUCUUGCUGUCCUGGGCACAUAAAUACAUAGAGGACACAGAGGAGCAGGAGGAGGAGGAAAGGGAGGAGCAGGGCCAACCAUGGAGCUGUAGGGACACGCUCAGAUGCCCGUGCGGAUCAUCAGUGGAGGAGGAGUGCCCCUGAGGAGAAGAGCUCUGCAAUGAACAAGACCAAGAGGAAGUCAAAUGUAGAUAGCCUGAAAAAAGGGAAGCUGGUCCCGCGGAGGAGGAAUACAUGUCCCAGCCCCCAGGACAUCACCCGGGCCCUGCAGAGCCCCAGCUCUGCUCCAAGCGCCAGCGCUGCCAGCCUGGAUGAGCUCAUACAGCGCUGCCUGAACUGCUUCGAUUCAGAGGGGAAGUUUUCCAGCCAGUUGGUCCACAUGACCCUGAUGAUGCACAGCUGGGUCGUGCCAUCUCAGAUGUUCGCCCAGAAACUUCUCACUAUUUAUAAGGAUUGUCCCUCAGAUAAGAGAGGACUGAGGCGGUCACAGGUCUGCCACCUUAUCAGGCAGUGGAUGAGCCAGUUCCCGGCAGUAUUUGAAGCAGACCCCCUCCUUGAGCAGACCAUGGGGGAUCUGUGGGCGCUGGUCCGGUUGGACGGGGAGGAGAAGCACUCACAGCUCAUGGACACCUCCUGCCUAAGCCCUCAUGUGAACAUAUUCCAGGCACCGUCACCUUCUGUGAAGAAGAGGAAGGUGUCUCUGAUCUUCGACCACAUGGAGCCGGAUGAGAUGGCUAAGCACCUCAGCUACCUGGAGUUCAAGAACUUCUGCAACGUUUCGUACCUGGAUUAUCGGAGCUACGUGGUGCGAGGCUCGGUGAGGGACAACCCUGCUCUGGAGCGUUCGGUCAUGAUGUGUAACGGAGUCUCCCAGUGGGUCCAGCUGAUGAUCCUCAGCAGACACACAGCCCAGCAGAGAGCUCAGGUCUUCACCAAGUUCACUCAUGUGGCUCAGAAACUUCGAGCUCUGCAAAACUUUAACACUCUAAUGGCAGUGACUGGAGGCCUCUGUCACAGCUCCAUCUCCCGCCUAAAAGACACCUCUAACCUGCUGCCUCCUGACGUAACUAAGGCCUUGAGUGAGAUGACAGAGCUGCUCUCAUCGCGCAGCAACUACAGCAACUACCGGCGGGUUUACAGCGAGUGCAGCGGCUUCAAGGUUCCCAUCCUAGGCGUCCACCUGAAGGAUCUGAUCUCAUUGAAUGAGGCCCUGCCUGACUACAUAGAUGCUGACAAGAUUAACCUGAGCAAGCUGCAGCACCUAUACAGCAACAUCACCGACCUGCUGGCCAUUCACAGCAGCACACCCCCAUUCGAGGCCAAUAAAGAUCUCCUGCACCUGCUCACACUUUCUCUAGAUUUGUACUACACUGAGGAUGAGAUAUAUGAACUUUCAUAUACAAAGGAACCCAAGAACCCCAAGAUCCAGCCUGUAGCUCCAGUUAAACCGCCCGUGGUGGCAGAGUGGGGUUCAGGGGUCACGCCCAGGCUCGACCCUGACACCAUAUCCAAACAUGUCAAACAGAUGGUGGAUUCCAUAAUGAAAAAUUACGACCAGAACCAGGAUGGUUACAUCUCUCAUGAGGACUUUGAGAAAAUAGCGGCCAACUUCCCCUUCUCCUUCUGCACUCAUGAAACUGACAGGGAGGGACAAAUAAGCCGUGAAGAAAUCAACUCUUACUUCAUGAGGGGAAUGUCCGUGUGGGCUAAGCUUGGCUACAACUUCAGUGACGUACAUAACUUUCAUGAAACCACAUAUAAGCGACCAACGUUUUGUUAUAUCUGUGGAGGCUUUCUGUGGGGAGUAAUCAAACAGGGCUACCACUGUAAAGACUGUGGGAUAAACUGUCACAGGCACUGCAGAGACCUGGUGGGAAUGGAGUGCUCGAAAAAACACAAAAACUCAACUGGGUCUUGUCCGUGCACCCCUGCCCCUGAAUCUCGAAGCAAGGGCGGCGUCUGGAGUUCAGAGGAGGAGGCCUUUGUUUUCCCCCAAAGUAUCGACACACACCACAACAAGGGACUCUCUGUUUGGACAAAUAGCACCAGUGAUUCAACAUUGUCAGACCGUUCGACUCAGACAGACCCCGGAGUGUGGACACCUGAGAAAAGGGAAAUGAGGGGAAACCACCACAACUCUCUAGUUCAUGCAUCCCCCGAGAGAAGGGUCAACACUCUGCCACUGAGAACCAGAGGCUGCUCUAUGCCUGUUUCCUUCCUGCAGGAGAAAAUGGAGGAGUUACAUUUUUACAAAGACAAGAGCAGGGAGCCCGACUGAGUACUCCACCAUCUAACAUUUUCCCUCAUGGACAAAAAAAUCCAGUCACCACCAUGAACUGGUGUUGAACUGAUGAGAUUUACUGCCAUUCAAAAAGAGUUCCAGCAACCAUUCAGACUUUCUUUUUUUAAAUCAUGGUCGUGAAAGUAUUUUGUCUUUGUCAGUCUUGUUAGUUCUGUUCAUUAUCUUCGCUUGAAACAUUUGUUUUCCUACUGUAACCUAUGACCACAUCAUUGUACUUGUAAGACAGGCGGCUCACUUCUCUGGUGCUAAGAUUCUUCACAACCUCAAGCCUUGAGGUCUUUUAUGACGACAGAUUUGUUCUGGUCCUUUAUACAUUUGAACAAAUGCAGGGUAGGAAAGUAACACUAACCACAACUUUAAGUUAAAAAGGUUCAUUUUGACCUUGGCAGCUAUGACAGCUCUGCUCAUGAAUUCAAAAAGUAAGAAAACAAUUUCAGAACAGACACCGAUUGCUUUCAUAUCUUCAGAUGUGAAGCCAAAGGAUAACAUUUUGCCUGGUACCCGAUCUUUAUUGCAAAAUGGAACUGGAUUGCCUUUUAAUUUACUUUACUGAUGUGACGAUCUGGAAAGUUUCUCUUAACACGUCAUGAAAAUGAGUAUCAGCACUUCUAUUUGGAUGUUUGUGUUGAUAGUAAAGACAAAAAGCUUGAGGUCAAUCCAUCAGCAACUACAAGUAACUGAGGGAAAUCUAUUGUCUGCCCUGGCAACAUUCACAUUUCUCUAAAAAUGAUGUCAAGUUCAGCAGGACUGCACUGGAACUAAGCUCCAAACCUCAUACUUCAUUUUUUUUAGCUGAAUGUUCUCCAUUUUGUCUUUUGUCAACAUUUUCAAUCUUGUAAGUAAAUGAAAAAUACAUCAACAAUGAA